GUGUUUGUUUAAAAGAAUGAUCUUAACCUACUUAAAGGUCACAGGGGUCAAAUGUCUGAACAUUUUUUGUAAUCUCAUGUUUUAUCCCAUAUGGUAUAAUGCCUAUGUUUUGUUUCAGGUUGGGCUAUGCAGAUUGCUGGUUAUAUAUUCUUACACAGAAAAUGGGAAAUUGAUCAGAGAAUCAUGACUAGAUGUAUAUCAUACUUCCACAAGGUCAAACACAAGCCACAGGUGUUGCUGUUUCCUGAGGGUACUGACCUGACAGCUAACACCAUGAAGAGGAGUGACAAGUAUGCCAAAGACAAUGACUUGGAGAAGUACCAUUAUGUUCUCCAUCCACGUACCACAGGCUUUGUCUUUCUUGUGGAGAAAAUGAGAGAAUAUAACCUACUGGACUCUGUACUAGAUGUAGAUGUUGGAUAUCCUAAAUACAUCCCACAGGGAGAGGAGGAUAUCCUCAAGGGUAACUUUCCAUCCGAGGUCCAUUUCAAUGUUAAACUAUACAGUGAUGUUGAUGUGCCACUCGACAAGGACGGCAUAGACAAAUGGUGCCGCGACCGAUGGGAGCAGAAGGAACAGAAACUGAAGGAUUAUUACCUUGGAGACCGACAAUUCCCCGGGCCCCCUGUCGAUCCUGCUAUGCAACAGAGAGAAGAUUAUGUACAGCAUCUGUUUACAUUCUCACUUGUAUUCUGGAUAAUUUUCCAAGUAGCUGCCACAAUCUUUUUAAUUUAUGCCCCUGUAGUAAGGUGGUAUACACUUCUGUGUGGCUUAGGUUUUGUUUUAGUCAGUAAGUAUGAUGGAAUGGGUAAAUUCCUCGCCAAUACUGUCACUCAAGUGGAACCGUAGUCUAGGAUCUAGGUUACAAAAAACCUCAUUUGACAAACAAGAGACUUGUCAAUAUUGUUUGGCAAAUUUAGAAUCUUACUCUAAGGGCAUAGAUUCCCUUGUCUCGUCCCUAUGGGAGUGAAUGAUGAUUUUUCUCUUGCCUUUUUCUACUUUCCUACAUGCUAUGGUGAAGUAACAUCAGCACCUGUUAUCAUUACACCUCCCCCUCCCCUAUACUGGAAUCAGGUUGUUCAUCCGUUCGUCCGUCCGAUUUACCGUCUCCUCCUCCUAAACUAAAUAGAGAAUUACAACGAAACUUGCUGGCAAUAGUCAUAAUACAUUGUUGAUGUGCGUAAACUUAUAUCAGGUUGAGUUACCUCCCUUUUUCUGAAAGUUUUGUCCCUUUGGGGUGGCAGGGGGGCUAUGGUCCCCCUUCGAUAACUUCAAUAAUUUUAAUGGAUUAAUUCAAAACAUCAUAUGCAGGUUUAUUAACACAAGCGUUCAUCACGGUAAGGGUGUGUGCAACGGACAUAUUUUGAUCGGUCAACCAAGAUGGCUGCCAUGCAUGUUCUACAUGUUAAAUCAAACUGUUGAAACUUGAUAUCUGUGUUGUUAAUUAUUACUGUGACACAUGGAACCCCAGACUAGAGCCUGGGUAAAAGUCUGUAAAGACUGAGAGGUCAUUUCUCCUACAAUUUUGUUUAAAAGUAAAACUGAGAUUGUCAAAAUAAUCGGUGUCCAAUGGUGUACAUAUAUACCAAACUUCAUGAAAAUCGGACAAUACAAAAAUUUCGACUAAUCAGAAGCCUCCGUUUGGCCACCGUUUUGUCUUUCCAGUCUCAGGUAUUUUUCCUUAACAAACGCAAUCCCAUUAUCAACCUAUACACUAAGGUUUAUUGGAUCUAUCAAAUAAAACAAGAGUUAUUACUGAAUAUAAACAUUGCUAAUCAUGGAUAGCAGAUCUACAAAAAAAAAAGAAAGAAAAAAAAACAAAAAAAAAACAC